GUCAUGCAGCGGCAGAAGCUGACAUAUGCACCUUACAAUCGUCCGCGGGCUUCUUUGUGGUCUAUCCCGCGCUAGACUUCGCGCUUCCGACUUGGCCAACCAAUAAGACGUCCGCGUGCCUGGAUUAGGCUAGGUAAGAUCGCUCUUCUCUCGCGUUUUCCUGCGUCCUUCCUCCCUUUCAGAAUUCACUCGUCAAUCUGCCAUUUCACGACCACGCACCCGCACAAAGAUCAUGUAUUGCGCUCUCUUCCCACUCUGACGCCCUGCUUAAUCCUUUCGCUCUCUCUUAGUCGGUGCUGUGUGGUCUUUUUGGUCUCCUCCAACGCUCUGCCUCUGUGCUACAGUGCCUCACACUCCUUUGGAACCCUGUAGCGACCCAACCUCGACUACUCCACACCCAUCUCCACCUUCCACUUACGACCACAAGGCUAUUCACACUCUUAGCAUCUGCCUGCGAUACAUACAAUGGACACCAGUGGUCUGCGUGACCCUUUCGCCAUUCAAGGAGCCUCAAGUGAGCCUAAAGGCCUCGGCGUCUCCAUGUCUCCCUCUUCCAACUACGGUCUUACUUCUCCCGAGAUCGAUGGCUCCGGAUUCCAAGCUCUCGAUCCUCGCUUGACAUAUUCGUCGUUCGCUCCCCCCACCAACGUCAUGAUCAACGACGUGAAGAAUGGCCUCGGGGAUGCCACGAGUGCAGCCCAAAGAGAGAGAGCACGCAGCUCUGCGCUGUUAAACGUCAAUGAUCCUGUUUCACUGCAUCUACUGGUAGAGACAGCGAUGGGCGACAGUCAAGAUUACGAAAUCUUAUCCUAUGAGGAAGUGGAUACCAUAAAGACAGAACUACGAGACCUCCAGCCGCGCAUCGAGGCUACAUCGAGGAAACUAGCCAUGGAAUCUAAAGUUCGCGAUGCUGCACAGUCUCUCGGUCGCCUGCACAAAAAGCAAGAUGCAAUUCAGAGCUCUCCUAAGCGCAACAGAAGAAGUAUGAGCAAUCGGUCAAGCACCAGCGGUGUAAAGUCAAAUAGCGAGUGGAAGGGCGAUAGUGAAUUGGCUACCAGUAUCAAAAAGUGCGACAAUCUUUCUCAGGAACUUUGGCAUCUUGAGUCAAGAUGCCGCCUACUACAGACCCAACUUCUGAAGCACACUGCCGGCAUCCUGCAAAUGACACACGCUGGGCCAACCAAGAAGGAGGCUAUGCGAUCUCCCGCGGUAGGGACGGCAAACAAUGGCAGACCAGAUAGCCCACAGAGCAUCUAUAACUAUGACACGUCGCGGAAGAAGAACUCCAAUCAGUUCGAGGACACAUUCGACGAACGUAGCCUGUAUCGAUCACCCGAAAAUCUGGAUCACCUCAUGCUUGCUUUGAAGAAUGGAACUCAUCACACCCACAUUGACGAAUUCAACGACGGAUUGGCGAGUAAUCAGGCGCUCGUAUCUGUAGAACAGCGGCUGGAGGAUCUAAACAACCGUAUGCGAGACCUUAUCGUGAAAGCAAAUCCAGAUCGGAACAAGGACUAUGCGUCCGUCCCAACAAGAUCUGUCGAGCUGCAACUAGACUACCUCGACAAGGCUCUGGGUCAUAUUGGCGCUGAGAACAAUGAACUUCAGAAACGAUCGAGGCACUCGCAAAGUGAAGUCGAAGGUAGACUUGAAGAAGCGAACAAUCAACUGUGCAGUGUCAUAAACAAUCUACGUUCUACUGAUCUCGACCCCUACCCACCUCCACCCAGAAUAUCAGGACGCAACAUGCAAGAACAAAUAACCUACUUACAAGAGGCUCUAUUUGCUCUAGAACAGGCUACCAUGAGCUCGCAAUCUGGCCUCGGGCAUGACGCUGCGCAGUACGAGGCAACACUGUCUGGUCUAUGGUCAAUAAUCCUCGCUGGUGAAGAAGAGGCACGGCAAAGGAAGCGACAAAGACGACAGAACAUUGCGGCAAACCCAGGCGGUUUUGAGCGGGAAGAAGAUCUGUCUCCUGACGAGGACGGUAAUACUGACGAAGCGUUCACGCUACAAGCCUUUUCGGCAAAGGUCCAGUGGCUUUAUAGUCGAGCCUCGAAUCUCAAGGAGCAGCAAAGUAUACUCCGCCGACAGAUUCGGCAGCAACGCGAACUCAAUAACAAGACUGAUGCGCAGACUGAGGAAAACACAGGCCAGCUCCACGCUCGUAUCGAAGACCUCGAAUCCGAACUUACUCACAUGCGUGACGACUCGCGAAUAGAAGCAUCCGAAAUGCAAGCCAGUCUUCAUGAGGCUUCAGAACGUAUCGAGCAGUUGUCUGCUGACCUUCGUCAAGCUACCGACGACCGAGAGGCGAAAGACAUGGAACUUCGUGAUCUCGAGGGUGAGGUAGUGCGAUUACAGACUGAAGUCACCAUCGCUAGGGCAGACCUCGACGGCGCUUACGGAACUCGUGCUCAACGCGCAGCCGAAGUUGCCUCAAAUCCUGAAAUCAAGCGCGAGCUUGAGGAACUCAAGCAGAACGAGCGUGUGCUAAAAGAGGAACUCAAGGGCAUGGCGGCCGAAUACGAGGCCUUAACUCGCGACAGCAUUCAGAAUGAAAAGGACCGCGAUGGCCUCGAAGCUCUUAUCGACUCGCUGAGAAACGAGAAAGAGAGGUUGGAGCUCGAUCUGAGUGACGAAAGGGUGCGAUGGCUAGGCGCGCGCAGCCCAGGUGCUGGACCGACAGGGAUCGAAAUGACUAGUGUGAGGAUGAUGAGAGAAGACUUCAAGAAGAUGAUGAGGGAGAAGACUACGGAGGCUUUGAAAGCCUUGCGUGCCGAACAAGAAGAACGACGAAAACUAGAAGCGCUCGUGCGCCAACUACGAAAGGGCUCAGAACCUCCUAAAUCAGGUCUCAGUCACAGCAUGACCGCCUAAUAACAAUUUAACCUUACACAAGUACCCGGCCUUGAGACUUUCGCCACGAUCUAUACUGCAAAGUAUAGCACAAAACUUUUAUGCAUGCAUGCUGUUCAGCGAUGGUGUUUUGGAUAGCCGCGGUUGACUCAGCCACUUUCAUUAUUACCUUCCUGUACCUACUUUUUCAAUUUAAGGGGGCAUAUAUCAAUAACACAUACAAGGGUACAUCAUUGUCCACACCAUAGUGGAAUUAGCCUGCCAUCUAAUCAAUCAAUUCUUAUGCUCUAGCGACCCGGCGUUCGCACCG